AAUGUAGUCAUUGGGCUUAAACUGACUGGGGGGCGAGUGUCGCACAGAGACCGUGAGUGUGCAUGUGAGUGACAUUGAGCACCAUCAUCCUCUCCCCUGCAGCCUCUCGCAGUCUCUCUAUCCUCCUCCUGAAGAGAGACACAUGGCAUCACGCAACAAACAAGACAAGUUAAUGAGAGGAUGAAAUAUUGCUUUUUCUUUUUUUUUAACUGAGCUACCAGAGGCAAGAGAAAAGAGGCAAUUGAGACACGUAAGUAAAGCAGCAUCUUGUGGUUGGCUUCAGCCCACCCAGCAUCCAGCUUUUUUCUAGGCAACAAGACCAGGAGCUGUGCUCUGUGUGCACAGCCUGAGGAGGAUAGAGGAUGCUGAACAAUAUGACGGACUGCGAGGAGGGAGAGGUGGGACCCAACAGCCAGGGUGAUGGGAACCCCAAAGAGAGCAGUCCUUUCAUUAACAGCAGUGCAGCCAGCGACACAGACAAGAGCCAGCAGUAUGACGGCAAGAAUAUGGCUCUGUUUGAGGAGGAGAUGGAUACCAGUCCAAUGGUCUCCUCUCUGCUCAGCAGUCUGGCCAACUAUUCCAACCUGCCGACAGGCAGCAAAGAGCACGAAGAGGCCGAGAAUAAUGAGGAGGGGGCUCGCCCGUCUAAGAAACCUGUGAAGGCUCCACAGCUGGGCACUCUGAUGGGUGUGUACUUACCGUGUAUCCAGAACAUUUUUGGUGUGAUCCUCUUCCUGCGGAUGACCUGGAUGGUCGGGAUUGGAGGCGUUUUAGGCUCCUUUGUGAUUGUCUUCAUGUGUUGCUCCACAACGAUGCUCACAGCCAUCUCCAUGAGUGCCAUCGCAACAAAUGGAGUCGUACCAGCUGGAGGUUCAUAUUACAUGAUCUCUCGAUCUCUGGGGCCUGAGUUUGGUGGAGCUGUUGGGAUCUGCUUCUAUUUAGGCACCACUUUUGCAGGUGCUAUGUACAUUCUUGGCUGUAUUGAAAUUCUGCUGAUUUAUAUCGUUCCUCAGGCAGCCAUCUUUAAGAUUGAGGGCCUUGAGGGGCAGGAGGCAGAGGCUGCUCUCCUCAACAACAUGCGGGUGUACGGCACCAUUGUGCUGAGCUUCAUGGCACUGGUGGUGUUUGUGGGGGUCAAAUAUGUCAACAAGCUGGCGCUGGUAUUCCUGGCCUGUGUCAUCCUCUCCAUCAUGGCUGUCUAUGGCGGAGUCAUCAAGACCGCCAUUGACCCUCCUGUAUUCCCCGUCUGCCUCCUGGGAAAUCGAACUCUCCUUUCGAAAGGAUAUGACGUCUGUGCAAAGGUCAUCGAAAUAGACAAUGAAACUGUCACCACCAAACUGUGGAUGUCCUUCUGUGAUUCUGAGAAUCUCAAUGCCACUUGUGACGAAUACUUUACCAACAACAAUGUUAAAGAAAUACAGGGCAUCCCAGGGGUCACUAGUGGCAUCCUGGCAGAGAACCUGUUUGGUAACUACCUGGAAAAAGGGAUGUUCCUGGAGAAGCGUGGGGUUGCAUCAGAAGCAGAUCCAGACAGUCCCGCAACCGGCUCAAACCGCUACGUCCUGGCUGACAUCACCAGCUUCUUCACCCUGCUUGUUGGGAUAUACUUCCCAUCUGUCACAGGUAUCAUGGCAGGCUCCAACCGCUCUGGAGACUUGCGUGAUGCUCAGAAGUCAAUCCCCAUCGGCACGAUUGCAGCCAUCACGACCACAUCUAUUGUGUACAUGUCCAGUGUGGUGCUGUUUGGUGCCUGUAUAGAAGGAGUAGUCCUAAGGGACAAGUUUGGUGAAGGGGUCAAUGGCAACCUGGUGAUUGGGACUCUGGCAUGGCCGUCUCCAUGGGUCAUUGUGUUUGGCUCCUUCUUUUCCACUUGCGGAGCAGGACUCCAGAGUCUGACUGGAGCUCCACGUCUCCUACAGGCCAUCUCUCGAGACGGCAUCAUCCCAUUUCUUAGAGUGUUUGGGCACGGCAAGGCCAACGGAGAGCCCACCUGGGCCCUUCUGCUCACAGCUAGCAUCUGUGAGAUUGGCAUCAUCAUUGCCUCACUGGAUGCAGUUGCACCCAUCCUCUCUAUGUUCUUCUUGAUGUGCUACAUGUUUGUCAAUCUUGCCUGUGCCCUGCAGACUUUACUGAGGACACCAAACUGGAGGCCGCGCUUUAAGUUCUAUCACUGGGCUCUGUCUUUCUUGGGUAUGAGCCUGUGCCUGUCGCUCAUGUUCAUCUGUUCCUGGUAUUACGCCAUAGUCGCCAUGGGUAUCGCCACCUGCAUCUACAAAUACAUUGAGUUCUGCGGAGCGGAGAAGGAGUGGGGUGACGGGAUACGUGGCAUUUCUCUCAGUGCUGCACGCUUCGCUCUCAUGAGGCUGGAGGAGGGACCGCCACACACCAAGAACUGGAGGCCUCAGAUCCUGGUUCUGGUGAGCGUGGAUGCUGAGCAGAACGUAGAGCAGCCUCGUCUGCUCUCUCUGGCAAAUCAGCUGAAAGCAGGGAAAGGUCUGACCAUUGUUGGCACCUCAGUUCAAGGAACCUUCCUCGACAACUACACUGAGGCCCAGAGAGCAGAUCAGUCGUUGCGUAAGUUAAUGGAGACAGAGAAGGUGAAGGGCUUCUCUCAGGUGGUCAUCUCCUCCAAUCUGAGAGAUGGGACGUCCCACCUGAUCCAGGUUGGAGGACUGGGAGGUCUGAAGCACAACACUGUGUUGGUCAGCUGGCCCCGAAACUGGAAACAGCCUGAGUACCACCAGCAAUUCAGGAACUUUAUUGAGGUGGUUAGAGAGACAACUGUAGCUAGUCUGGCCUUGUUGGUUCCUAAAAAUAUCUCCAGCUACCCGUCCAAUGGAGAGCGCUUCACUGAAGGCUACAUAGAUGUGUGGUGGAUUGUCCAUGAUGGAGGCAUGUUGAUGCUCCUGCCCUUCCUGCUGCGCCAGCAUAAGGUGUGGAGGAAGUGCAAGAUGCGCAUUUUCACUGUAGCUCAGAUUGAUGACAAUAGUAUCCAGAUGAAGAAAGACCUCAUCACCUUCCUCUAUCACUUGCGCAUCGAUGCUGUGGUAGAAGUGGUGGAGAUGGUUGACAAUGAUAUCUCAGCCUACACCUAUGAGAAGACACUGAUCAUGGAGCAACGAUCACAGAUCCUCAAACAGAUGCAUCUGACCAAGAAUGAGAUGGAAAGAGAGAUUCAGAGCAUUACGGAUUCAUCCCGUGGGUCCAUUCGGCGCAAAAACCCAUCUGCCUUGUGCUCACAUCACAGCACCAAUGAAGGAGCCAGCGUGGCAGAACAACCAGAAGAUGAGUCUGUGGCUGUCUCCAACCCAAAACAUGUUCAGCUGAUUCACAGUAAGAACGCCUCCACACCAACCAGCCCAACGUCUCCCACUGCGCCUGCAGGGGGCGCUGCGACCUGGACGGACAACAAGGGUGCAGACAAGGGGAAGACCCUUUUAGCAGCCAACCCGGAGGCGGGCAAAGACCUCUUCAACAUGAAGCCGGAAUGGGAGAACUUGAGCCAGGUCGACGUGAGGCGCAUGCACACAGCGAUGCGGCUUAAUGAGGUCAUCACGAAGAAGUCCAAGGAAGCAAAACUUGUCCUGCUCAACAUGCCUGGACCACCCAAGAACCGUGUGGGCAAUGAAAACUACAUGGAGUUCCUUGAGGUGCUCACUGAAGGUCUCAAUCGGGUCCUCCUGGUGCGUGGAGGUGGACGUGAGGUCAUCACCAUCUACUCCUGAAGGGCUUUAAGGCCGUUUAAUGCCACCUACACGGACUCAGACCUUUCUAUAUUGUUCCAGAAAAUUCCUUCUACACCCUCCGUCUAUUCAUUCAACCUUUUAACCGUUAGACCACAUGAAGAAUUGUGCAACAGUCACUUCUCUGUGCUGAUAACAGCAGAUGAGUUUAUGGUUUGUUCUGACAGUUUAUUGCACAAGACUCUUAGCUUCACUUGUUCUCAGAUAAUGGAAGGUUUUCGUUCUUUUUUCUGAUAUUUAAGUCAACUUUUGGUCCUUUUGCUUUUGUUCUUGGUUAUUUGUAAAAGAGGAAUGUUUUUGUUUGUUUUUGCUUUUUAUGUUAUUUAUUUAUUUGUUGAUGUUAUUUAUGUAUUUAAUAAUCUAAUCAAGUCUUUCUUUGUCCUGGCCUGUUUUUGUCUUUCAUUGUACGGUUGGAAGCACACAAGUGUUAAUAGAAGAGAUGUAAGGAUAUUAAUUGAUAGUGUAAAAAGGGUUGGAUAAGAACCUUCCUAUGUUCAUGCAAUACAUUCACAUUAUUAAUUGUAGUAUUAAAGCUAUAGUGCGUAGUUUCUGGCACCCCCAUGAGGAAUUCUAAGUAAUGACAACAACACUGUUGGCGCAUCCACAUGCCGUAAGCCUUCGAUGAUCGCACACCACCCCCACCCUUCCUCCACACAGUUGCUAGUAGCGUUUAACCGUCAAAUCAAGGACACUGAGGUUUAAAAAACCUGAUGGACUCUUCAGAAGAGGUAAUUAUCUUGUAAUUUGUAUGUUCUCUUUGUCUCUCCAAAGCUGAACGCUGCUGUUGUCCUUUCUCAGCGGUGAUGUAAAACGCAUCACUCAAGCUUCACUCAAGUUGCCAGUCGACACCAUUUUGUAAACAUAGCCAUACUGAGAAAUACAGAGAGAGUUUUGUGGAGCUGACAGUCUUAAUUAGCUUUGUACUAAUUUUGCAAUGGCUUGAAUGUAACAAACGUUCAUUAAUAUAAAAUAGUUGCGCACUAGCUUUAAAAAAACAGAGGUGGGAGCUGUGUGUACACUCACCACUAGUUUGCACUCAUUUCAGUGCACUGAGCCUAACAUUACACCAUCUGUGAAAAUGCAGUUCAUGCUCCAGUCAUGAACAUCAUGAAACCAACAGUAUCACUGGCUCGUCCUUGUUAUGGCAGGGAUUUUAAUCUCACUGCAUAGAGCUUCAGAGAAAUUUAAAUCAAAAGUAAAUUAUUUGAUGCAGAUAAUUAUGAUCCCAAGUUCUAUUGUUUGAGUUCAUUAUCCUCACAGUGGGAUCACAUAUAUUGAAUGGACUCAGUGGCAUGCUGCAAUACAAAGCCUUUCAGCUCAGCGACGGCCAUUUUAAAUACUGCACAUUCACUAAUCGUUUGAUAUGUAUUACCUACCUCUGCAGUUAUGUAGCCAUGUUUCCCAGCAUGCCCAGUGGAGCCCAUAAAUUGUCCUGUGGUAGAUGUUGUGCUAGUUGAUCAGGGUGCACUGGGAUCUUUAUAUCUCUGUUGUUUUCAUAUUGAAAUAUUUGGAGUAAAUUCCUCAAAAGGUAAAAGAUAAAGUAGAUUUUGGUAUAUGAUUUUAAAAAAAAAUCCUCUUCACAACUCUUUAAUUAAUAAACACUACUUCUUCCUGAUUACUUACAAACAAAUUGUGCCAAAAUAAAAUGUAAAAAUGUUUUGAUGCCAACUUUAGAAUAAAGAAAGACAGUUUAAAAAAUCUAAAUCUAAUAUUAGUAGUGGAAUUUGUGGCUGGGUUAGCUCAGUUGGUAGAGCAGGCGCACACGUAUAGAGGUUUACUCCUCGACGCAGGGGCCGUGGGUUCGACUCCGACCUGUGGCCCUUUGCUGCAUGUCAUUCCCUUCUCUCUCCCCUUUCAUGUCUUCAUCUGUCCUGUGGAAUUAAAGGCCUAAAAUGCCCCAAAAAAAACUGGAAUUUAAAUGUAGAUUUUUAUCACAUUUCAGACCAUGCAUCUCUACAAACUUUUGUAACAUAUAGUGUUAAGUGUUAAGGAGAAUGUUUAUGAAUCUAGAAAAAAAACUAAAAUUACCUGAUUUAUUAUCAAUUUACAACAUAGGUUGUAAGAUGUUCAUUGAUAUACAUCAAUGAUAUGUCAUACAUUUUAUCUCAGAGAAAUUUUUUUUUUUAAUGGUACAGAAAAAAAGGUUUAAAAACGUAAACGUAAAUAUACUGUAUUUUAUGCAAUCUAAGUACAUAGUAAAUCAGUACUUUCCUUGUUUAGUUUUAUUCUGAUAGUGAUAUGAGAAUACAAUACCACUCUCAGCCAGAGCCAGGAGACUCUUAGCUUAGCUUAGCUUAGCUUAGCAUAGUAUAAAGACUGAAAACAUCUAGUAUGGCUUCCUCCAAAGUAACAAAAUCCAUUAGCAUCUGUGGUGUUAAAACCAACGUGUUAAAAUGAUAAUUAGCAGAUAAUCAGGAGCCGUGACUCUCUGGAGUCUUGGCUGGUUGCCUGGCAACUGCACACAACCUAGCUAGCUAGCUGUUUCCCUCUGUUUUCAGUCUUUAUGCUAAGCUAAGCUAACUGGCUGCUAGACGUGAGAGAGGUAGAUCAUCUAACUCUUGGCAAGAAAGCGAUUGUGUAUUUCCCAAAAUGUCUAACUACUUAAAAUGCUCAUUUGCUGCUAUACUAAUGCACGCCAUUUGAUAAUGAGGAAUAGUUUCGCCAAAUGAAAUAUGUUAAAAGGAAUCUCAGAAGGUCCAUAUUACAGUAAACUGUUUUAGCAUCAUUUAUGCAUUAAGUGGCAGUGGAAUGGUGGCACAGUAAGUAGGCACUAUGAGUCCUGGGUUUGAUCCCCAAUCCAGACCUCCCCUCCCCCCAUAAAGACAUGCAUGAUACCUCCUGCCAUUGCCAUAGGUACUGGCAUUACAACUGGAGUUGGUCCCCGGUGCCGGACUAUGGCUGCCCACUGCUCCUAAUUAGUUACAAUGGGUUAAAUGCAGAAGAUUACAUUCCUCCUAUUUGUAAAUGUACUUGGCAAUUAAAAGAAAUAUGUAUUAUAAGUUAUAUUAUCCUGCA